AUGGCUGAAUCCUACCGCUUGACAGCGAGCCAAGCUCUUGCUUUAAUGCAGAAAGGUGAUAUUACAGUUGAAGACUAUGCCAAGUCCCUCCUCGCUCGUGUCAAUGCUCGCGAUAAUGUUGUCAAAGCAUGGGCAUAUCUAGACCCUGACUUCGUGCUUGCUCAAGCAAAAAAACUAGACCAGAUUCCAGCAGAGAAAAGAGGUCCAUUACAUGGUAUUGCAAUUGGAGUCAAAGAUGUAAUCCUCACAAAAGAUAUGCCUACUUGCCACAAUUCUCCCAUCUACAAGGGUGAAGGGCCUAGUCUUGUGGAUGCAGCACCAAUCAUUACUCUUCGUGCUGCUGGAGCUCUGAUUUUUGGGAAGACCACUACCACUGAAUUCGCAUCUACAGUCAAUGGUGGACCAUCCACGAAUCCUCAUGAUCCAGAGAGAACUCCCGGUGGAUCAUCUUCCGGAUCAGGGGCAGCUGUUGGUGACUACCAGGUACCUAUUGCACUAGGUACCCAAACUGGAGGAAGUACCAUUAGACCUGGAUCUUUCAACGGCAUCUACGCCCUCAAACCAACAUGGGGUGCUAUCUCCCGCGAAGGCCUAGCGCAAUACUCCAUGACCUGUGAUACUCUUGGUCUCUACGCGAGAUCUGUGGAAGACUUGGAACUUCUUUCCAAAGUCUUCCAACUAGCAGACGACGAUCCGGUCCCCUCCACACCUUUCUCGAUUAAGGGUUCGAAGAUUGCCUUUUGUAAAACUCACGUAUGGGGCAAGGCUGGGCCUGGUACCAAGGCUGCAUGGGAGAAAGCUCAAGAUCUAUUAAGGAAGCAAGGUGCCACUGUUGAGGAGAUUGACCUUCCGGGAGAUUUUGAUAAAAUUAAGCAGUGGCACGCUAAUGUUCUUUCCGGGGAGGGCCGAACAUCUUUCUUGGGGAACUAUCUUUUAGCAAAGGACAAACUGCAUCACUCGAUACAGGGUCACGUGGAGAACUCUACGGGUCUAAGCCGGAAAUCACAGCUCGAGAGUUACGAUGGCUGUGCGCGGCUUCGACCUGUAUGGGACGAGAUUGCAGGUAAAUACGAUGCAAUUUUCACUCCUAGUGUUGUCGACGAAGCCCCCGUUGGCAUUGAAAGUACCGGUGACGCUUCCUUUUGUUCGAUGUGGACCAUUCUUCACGUUCCUUGCCUGAAUAUCCCCGGAUUUGCUAGUGAGAAUGGCUUGCCGAUUGGUUUGACGCUUGUUGGUGCCAGAUAUCAUGACUUGCAUGUUUUACAUGCGGGGAAGGCUAUUGGAGAAUUAUUUGGAAAGGAGGGUGGUUUUAAGCACAUGUUGUUUUAG